AUGUCGCUCGCCGAUGAAGUUGCUCUUCUGGAGUACAAAGAGGAGUACCAAGCUGAAGAGGAGCCCGUUGUCGAACAAAACCUCAGUAACGAGACUACCGACUUCCGCGACUUUUUUCUGCGCCCCGAACUGAUCCGCGCACUUGCGGACGCUGGGUUUGAACGGCCCAGCGAAGUCCAACACGAGGCUGUGCCGCACGCGAUCACGGGCGUAGACACGCUCGAGAUCCGCCGCGACGUCCAGGAGAUAUUUUUAGCGUGCCCGGUGCAGAAGCAGGUGAUCAUGCUCAGCGCAACGCUCUCGCCGGAAAUGCGCCACCUGUGCAAGAAGUACAUGCAAUCGCCGGUCGAGGUGAUCGUCGACGACAACAAGAAUCUCACGUUGCACGGACUACUGCAGUACAGCGUCAAACUUGAAGAAGACAUGAAAACCAAGAAGCUUGUAGAGCUGCUCAACACGCUCGACUACAACCAAGUCGUGAUCUUCGUGAAGAGCAUCGCGAGAGUUAAAAUGCUGGCGCAUGUGCUGACCGAGCUGAAGUUUCCUGCGAUUGAAAUUCACCGCGGCAAGAACCAAAAGGACCGCAUCGACGCCUACAAGCGCUUCAAGGCGUUCGAGGCCCGCAUCAUGGUCGCUACCGACCUCUUCGGCCGCGGCAUCGACAUCGAGCGCGUGAACAUCGUCGUCAACUACGACAUGCCCGACAACGCGGACAGCUACCUGCACCGCGUCGGCCGCGCCGGCCGCUUCGGGACCAAAGGGCUUGCGAUCUGCUUCCUCAGUUCGCCAGAGGACGAGGACGUGCUGCAACAAGUGCAGGAACGCUUCAAGUCGUCCGUCUCAUCGCUGCCGGAACAGAUUGACACCUCGUUAUACACGCUAUGCUACUUUUGGUCAAGCAGUACGUUUGCUACGUGA